UUGGAAUUGGGCGUAUCAUUUUAUUGAAAAUAUGUACAAACAAAACAUUCAGUUUUAAAUAGUUGUAAACAAAGUGUAAAUUUUUAAACUUUUAACUAUUCAAAAAUGAAAUAACUAUAUGUAAAAAUGAACAAUCCUAUAAAAUAUAUAUUGACUGUGAUCAUUUUGACUUCAUUUUGUUUGAGCUAUGAAUUAAAUAAAAAAAAUACAAAAUGUAGUAUACCAUCUGUAAUUAGAGGAUCAUGGUAUUCUUGGGAAAAUGGACGUAGUACAACAACAGAAAUUGAUGCAACUAGUAUGUCCAAAAGAGGCACAUGUAUUCGAUCAAUGGAAGAAAAUCAUGUAAAUUAUACCUUUGUUUUCCAAAAAAGCGCUAGUGACUGUUUUACUUGUGUUAAAUUUAUGGUUCGAACUAUUAAUGUACUGGAUAAAAUGGAAAGUGUGUGUAUGACAUUGAAUCCUAACGAGGAUGAAUCUCCUGAAAAAAUAUGUCAGUUUCAAGAUACUCAAUUAAUUACUUUAUUUUCUGAAAAUUAUAUACCAAUAAAUUGUCGAUCAAGCCUUGAAGGUGUUUGGCAAUUUGCAUACCAAAAUCGGUUUCGUUUUACUGGAGAAUGCAAUAAUCCUGAAGCACAAAUAAAAUCUUGUCAAACAGCUGGUACUCAAUUUUUAAUCACAAAUCAAAAAUUUAAUAUAACUUAUAAAAAAUGCCCUGGAAUGACUGGCACAUUUGAUGGAGUUGUUGAGUACAGUUGUUUAGGUGAUUGGUUUGUAGAUAAGAAUCAUUUUUUUGCAGUUGCUAAUACAAAAGAAUCAAGGAAAGAUGAAAAAUACAGGUGUUUUUUAAAAAAUCGUGAUGACGAUUUAUAUAUUGGUGUCUCUAUAACAGCUGAAUGUAACACUCUUCAAACAGUUGAAAAGAGUCCUGAAAGAUUACAUAUAAAUCCAGUGAAAGCUGAAGUUGUAACACCCGGUUGUAGAUUACCUCAAAGUUAUAGUGGUAACUGGGUUAAUACGGCUAAUAUGGAUGCUGAUGUAUUUGUAAAUGAAACUCAUAUUAUAGAAACUUGGUAUCCAGAUGAAGCUAGAUUUAGGCGUACAAUAUAUGUUUGUCGUGAACAAAGAGGAUCUAGAUUUAUGAUGGCUAGAUUAACUGUUGAUGGAUGCCAAAAAGAUUAUGUUUGUUUUGACUUUGUACCAAGACAUCACAAUAUAAUUCGUUUUCGUAAGGGUCUUGCUUUUAUCAAAGAUAAUUUUCAUACUGUAUGUUCAUGGGUGCAAUUUCCAAAUAAAGAUAACUGGAAAUAUGAUUUUUUUGUUUCAAAAACUCCUGUGCCUGUAAAAUGUCCAGUAGCAGGUAAAUUUAGUUUUACUCAAAAAGGAGACUAUCCAUUUGAAACUCGAAUUCUUGGUGGUGUUACAUUAUCACCCCGUCCACAAAUUGGCUGUAAGGAUAAGAUAUCUGAUUUUUCUGCUUGUGAUAGUGAUCAGAAAGAAAUCCAUAUUGAUGAAACAUUUUGUCUUGAUGUUGAUCAUCGAGGACAGCCAAAAGAUAUUUAUAGUGAUCCAGAUUACAAACUUCAAUGUAUCGGCUAUUGGAAAGAAAAUUUAAAGUCAUACUUGAUAACAUAUGAUCCAUUAGAUGCUGCUAGCAUGUAUAGAUGUUGGGUUUACCAACGAGCUGAUCUUAAUCGUGUUCUUAUGUCACAAGCAAUAGGAUCAUAUUGUGAACUUAAACAAGAUGCAUUUAGUUACAAUUAUACUCAAGGAGCAACUGUUGCCAUUGAAAUGACAGAAUAUGAAAGAGAACGAGAUCAGUGCCCAAUGUAUUUUGAUGAUGGUACAAAUCCAUGGGUACAAUCUGACAACUAUAUUGAAGUAUUUAAGUAUGGUAGGUCGUCAAAUGUAGUGAUUUCUACAUUUUUAAUCUCAAUUACUUUAUUAUUCAGUAUUAUUUUAUAAAUAAGAUGUUUCUAAUAAUAAAUCAUUCAUUAUUACUAUUUUUUAUUUAGCAAUAAUGUUUCAAUUACAUUGAUUAUUAGACUUUAUUUCAUUAUUCUUAUUUGACUAUGAAUUAAUAUUGGUUAAUUAAUUUACAGUAUAUAAUUUUUUUAAAUGACUUUAUAUUUUUCUACAUUACAAUGAUAUAGUUUUAUUUUAUAUUGUAAUUGAGUUUUUCUUAAAUUUGAUUAUUUGAUUAUUAAAUUCAG